AUGAUUCUUGUCUUGGAAGAAUCCCUUGGUGACCUUAAAUCCAAAGCUCCAACCACUGAUCCAUACGAUUCGCUCUCCAAGAAAAUCAAUGUGAGCUUCCGACAGAAUUUGAUAAAGAGGUUGCGGCUGAAGACGUGUUUGUUGAAACUUAAGAUGAAGGUGAAAAAGAAAGAUAAAAACAAUCAGAUAAAGGGUAAACUUCUGUUGAAGAUAGUGAAUGUUGAAUUCGAAGCCUCUCAGCCAACUUAUUCUCCUUUUCCUGCUCUGAAAAUUACACCUGUUGACGAUGGUCCUCCAACUAGAAAAUCAGAUGAUCUACCUAAGGAACCUUUGAUCUCUCCUCCCUUGGAAAUAUUUAUGACUUCAAUUCGUCAAAAAGUCAUCUCAUCUACGAUCCUCUUGUCAAAUACAAAGGCAAAAGAAUCUCUUUGA